GUCAAGAUCAUCCACAGCAGGCCCUGGACAGCAGAGGACCGUGCGAACUUGACGCAGCAGCUUCACAGUCAAGGUCUUGAUGUGGACACAAGCAACCCGCGCAUCCACAAGGCCCGGGGCGAGGGUCAGGCAUCCAUGGAUCUCGUGCCCUUUGCCGCCGACUACUAUCCACAAGGCUUUCACGCAGGAUAUCCCAGAAACGGCUUUAAGCAUAAUACUGAGGCGAGGCUCGCAGUCAAAGAGCUCAAGCUUCGAGCUGCUGAGCAUGGCAGAAAAAUCCGCGGCUACUCCGCAGAGCAGGCAGUACUCAAGGCGCAGCAACAGCAUAAACAUGCUGACUUCCGUGACUUGAGGGCCCAUGCGGAAGCUGCCCUCUCGCUGGGAUGCUAG